AUGGAGUACACAACCGCUCUCCGCCAGGACGAACGCACCUUUCAACAGAAAUGGUGGGCCUACCUCCCAAGCCUCCCCAACUCCAGUUCCAAUUCCAACUCCAACGUUAACAACGCCAGACUACUCGCCAAACAAAAAUCCGCAUGGUCAAAAGCCCUAAACCAACGAUACCCCAAACUCAAAUGGCUAGUCCUAGACAUACCCACCAAGUGUAUCGCCCUAGCACCAGCCUUCAGAUCAUCGUUCAUCCAUUUAAUCAAGACGGAAGGACUGGAAGGACUCGUUCUCAACCCCCGGACGAUGACGUCGCGCGUGUUCCGGCGGUGCAAGGAUCUCAAGUACAUGGUGUUCGGGAGUGAGCAUGUAGCCAAGCCGCCCACCAUGCCCCUCCGCCCAGAGAGGAUACCCCUCCGCGAACUCAUAACUGUGAAAGUCUUGGACUUGUCCGCCACCGCAACCUCGGGCAUGGAGGGGUGGUUCGAGACUUUGUCCCAGAGGACCUUUAAGUGUACGAGGCUGGAGCGGUGUCGGAUAUCGGUUGACUAUAACCACGGCUUGUUCCGGCGUUUCCAUAUCGACUUUUUGGAGUUGUCGCGGAGGACGUUGGUGCAUAUCCAGAUAUACUUCAAGUGGCAUGUGUUUACGCCGUACAGGCCUGCAGAGGGAUUCAACCUCUUCAACUUUGCCCACUUUCCCCAGUUGAGAAUACUCGCUAUAUCGGCGCACUUUCCCGAGGGGAAGGGUAUCCUUGAUUGGCUCUCGAGAUCAGUGCAGGCCUGUGGAGGGGAUGUGAACUGCAAGAUAGAGUUAUAUUUCAGAGCGGUGAAGGAGGUCCCGUCCAGCCCUCCACAAUACGACGUUCAAGAAACCGACUCACCAUCCAACUUGGAAGAUUGGAUUAACGAGUGGGCCAAACGGAUGGAUCGUAGGCUUGGCCCGGUUCUGCGAGAUAUCGACAUCGCCAUCUUCUUGGACAUGCGAGACACGCUAGAUUGCCCAGACUGGUAUGUCGCCCCCCAUACGAUGCCUAGUGAAAUGAAAUGGAAUGGUGGGUAUCCCGCGUUGUCUCCCUCCUUUGCUCCCGAGGUGGGGCGAACCAUGAGUGCCCAGAAAUGA